UCAACUAUCCCUUUAAUGUGAAAUUUAAAUCGAUAUACAGUUUUUAAACUGUUAUCAAUUUCAUCUAAUUACUAGUGCAACCAACAACAAUGCUCAAAAUGGAUCAAAGUGUUAUUCACGAAGAUUUCGAUUUAGUGAUUUUAAAUGAAUGCAGUCAUGUUACCAAUAUAUUAAUAGAUAAAGGGAUAAGUGAAACGGAAAUUGACCAGAAGGUCAAAAUGUUUAGGGAAAUGCUCAUGAACUCUUUCGGAAACGCGACCGGAAGUGAGAAAGAAGUUGCUCAAAAAGACGGGACUUAUUUGGAGAGUGGGCGGGAGGAACGCGUCGAAUCCAAACAAAAACCAAAGAAAAAACAUUCCAAAAAGCUCCGCGAAAACAAACCUGUCAAUCAUUCCACUACGCCCACGCUCGAAAUAUCUAACCAUUUUGAUAACGCGCUAGAAGUCAUCAAAAAUGACGGCAAAGCCGUCAAGAAAUUCAAAGAAAUCCCCCUUACCCAGUGUAAGAUGGAUGCCAUUCUUCCACCAAAUCAACUCACAAAGAACACUGCUAUUGAAAACAAAGCAUCAAAAAAAAUCUUACAUUCUACGGCCCUUCAAAAUGGCCUUUCAAUUUCUACGGAAGAUUUGGGGCUAGUUGACCCCAGGUCUAGAAACGGGACCAAGAAAGGGUCACGAGAGAUCAGUACUACCACCGCGUUAGAUCAGAAGGUAGUAAUCAAACGCGAGAAGAAAACGCGCAAGCGCGCCUCUUCGACCGAGAUGAGUGAAGGUGCCGGUGUCGACGAUGUUGACAUUGACAUUGACACCCAGACAUUGCUCAAUGAUAAGGUAUCAUCAAACAGAGAUAGGAUCUACGAAAAACACGCCCAUAAAAGAAAAAAUUCCGCGAAGAACAAAGAGGCCUCUAAGAGCGUCUCGCGUACCUCGGAGAUAAUAAAACCCGCUAAGGAUAAAGUAGUAAAAGUUCUGACAGAGCAACCCGCACCCCAAGCCCGUAAAUCUUCGUCCUCUAAGAUUCACUCCUCUUCAAAAAAUGGUGGUAGUCAACUCUCCGAAGGCAAGAAUAUGCGGAAGCCAAUCAAAUCUGUUUAUCCGGAUGAUAGGGAGGCUCUCCGAAAUUUAUUCGUAGAUCUGUUGAUGGAAGGGCAAGCCUCGCCCACGCGCUUAAGUCCCAGUGAAAACAGCGACGAUGCUUCCACCGAAUCCGAGUCGGAAGAAAAAUCUUCCAGCGACGAGGCGGACGAAGAUGAUUCGGCGAAAGUUUCUUUACUCAAACAACUGAUGCUCUCCUUCGCCCAAUCCUCCUCCAAAAAAACUAAGAAACGCGAUAAAGAAAGCGGUAAGAAAUCUAAAGGGACAACCUCGGCGAUAACGUCCUCUCUGCCCGAAAGGCGAUCCAAACAUUCCAGGAAAAGACAAGAACGACCUUCAGACAUAGAAACGGUCUUGAAGGCUUAUUUAAACGAUAUCCAAAAGGCGGCCGAAACGAAGGACGGAAAGCCUAAAAGGGAUGAUCGCGACCAUAAAACUAGACGCGGAAAAAAAGGUAAGAAAAUUGUCAAGGACGCUAUCGACCACGACCAAACGAUGGUAUUGGAACAGCUCGAGGGAAAAGCUCCGACUCGUUCUUCAAAACCCGAAAAAUAUUCAAAAUCCGAUAAAGCGGAUUUGAAAAAACUCGGUUACGUUAAAAAAAAUCGACUUCGAGACGUUACGGAAAACGACGUCCCGGUAAGCUGGGAUAUGGAAGAAAACAACUAUGAUCAAGAUGAAGAAAAAGAGGAAAAUGAUUUGAGCCAAGAUGACUCUCCACUUAGCUCGAAGCGAGCGAAUGAGCAAAGUUCGGAACGCGACUUAAAAAGCGUGAAACGCGGCACGGAGGAAAGCGAAGAAGACGAGGACGAAGCCCCCAAAGAUGAAGAUACCCGCGGUAGUUGGACGAAAAUUCAGGAUAGCGAUAAGAUUGCUUAUCAAAGUAUCAAAGAAGGUACCUACGAUAAAAUGGCUAGCCAUGACGAACAGUCUUCGCCAUCCGGCGGUGACCCCUCGGAUCGCGAAAAUUACAAAAAUGGUGACGAUAAUGAUGCGACGAAUCACGAAAAUGGGUUUGAUAGCGAACCAGAACCCGGCCAUAACACCGAAACGCUCUCGACAUAUAACGACCGCGUCUUCCCUUCGCCCGAAAAACUCGUGGUCCCUAAGAAACGGCACGAUGAUUACAUUAAGCGUCGGCUGCUAGAGCUGCACGAGGAGCGGGAAGAACUGAAGGUGGCCAAAGACAGGGCCGCCAGGCGGGAAAGAAUAUUAGAGAGGCGCAUAGCGAUCGACAAGGAGAUCGCAAUAAAACAAAGAGAAAAGAGGAGGGCCAACGAAAAGAAAAGAUCCGAUGAUAGAGUGCAUAGGGGAAGUAGAAGUAGAGGGCACGGUGGCGCGUCUGGCCGAAGAAGUCCCCACGCGGAUAGGCGCAAAAGGGAGAGAUACGUCGAGAGGUCGAGGAGUCGCCGCAGUUCCAAUAGGAAAUUCAAGGGAAGAUCGAGAAAGAGCCCCGAUAAGGAUUCCGGCAGCAGCGGCAGUUCCAGCGAGAGUUCCAAAAAUUCGGGGAACGGGCGAGCAUCCAAAAGUUCUACCGGGGAAAGUAGUGCCAAAGGUAGCGGCUCCCCCAAAAAAUCCGUCACCAAUGGCAGCGGAGGGGAUUCUCCUGUCAUUGUUAACAACAAAUUGAACGCGCACCAGGAUUUUCGGCAUCGCCGGCGGGGUAGUCCCCACAGGGCUUCUUCCAAUUAUAAGAGGCCCGGAAAGAAGCGCGAGGGGACGGAUAAUUCUAUAGAUACUCAUAAAACCGGUUCGAUUAAAGACGGGUCCGAAAUCCGGGUUAUCCGUCAAGUUUCGAAGCUUGGUAAUAAAGCUAAAAAACCCCAAAAACGUUCUACAACCAUAGAUGAGAGCUAUUACAUCGAUCAGGACGAAAGUCAACACCGGAACGACGACAAGGAACCAGACACGGAAGAGGACGGUAAACUUAGGAAUCGAUCGCUAUCUAUCGACGCGUGGAAUUUUAACGGCGCGGCGUUAUCUAAUAAUGUUGCUCUGAAUGAUAAUCGCGAAUCCCUCAAUCCGGUAAACGACGUGAACGAUAUCGGGGGCAAGACUCCCAAACGCUCGCGGAAAAAGUCACCUUCGCGAAACGGGAAAGUGCCCGCCACCGGUGACGUAUUACUGGAAGAGGAGGUGUCCAAGGCAAAUGGAUUAUCUGAGAAGGUGAUUGUAAGUCCUGCCAAGUACCUUAAAUCCGCGAGAAAUCGUAAAGAUAAGCGUAAAUCGAGCAGAAAGGAAAAUGAAAAACCAGAUGUUAAAAAUGGAAUAGCCCCGGAGGAAAAUUUGGAAGAUUACGAAGAUACUCCCGAACACAACGACGCCUCCCUGCCCUUAACCUUUCGCUUCAAGCCUAUCACUUUUUCCAAAGACCGUUACAAAUCGCUUCCCAAAUCGCGCCGUCAAAAUAAACCGCCCGUGCUUACCCAAGCCGAAUUGGAAGAAAGGAAUUUGUUGAAGAAGGCCUUGCUCGAGCAAGCGCUCAAACACGCUACCGCGAAGGAUAGCGGCGAUGUUGGAAGGACUAGCCCCGCCGACAAAAUUGAGCCCGAUAUAACCGGUUCAAAUGUUAAUGAGGAAACGGUGGCCGAUGAAACGCCCGUCGAACAAGUCGGUCAAAUAUCCGAAACCCUAACCGGUUCCAACUUUGACAUAGACGAGAGACGCGAGUUGGCGCGUCUCAUUACGCUAAGAACGACCAUCUCAGCUGAUAUAAAAAUGAGUGAACGCGAAUCCGAGUCCUACGAAACACGUUCGCCUCCGUCUAGUAAGAUAACUUGCAAGCCGGAGCUUUUGGAUCGGGAGGAGGAAGAUUCUGAAAGCCAGCCCAAGGCUCUGUCUACAGAGGAUUUAAAUGAACAAGAAAAUAUUUUAGAAAAUGGCAAUCUAGACGAUCAGGCUGAUGACUGUUGUGUCUUGGAAAUUACCAAGGAAGAAGCUUCUACCAUUCUCGAAGAAAAAGAUUUGAGAUCACCUAGUUACGUUAUAGAUGACGACGCGGGGGCGGAAAAUGUCGAGAAAGAAGACGAAAAUUUCGAGAAAGAUGUCUCAGCAUCCCGGUCCAGAUCGCUAUCUAACUCAUCCACAAAAAGUUCAAAAUCUUCAGCUAGCUCCGAGCAGGAAAAGACGACGAGCGAAAAAUCGGACCGCGAUGUUUCUCGCUCUUCCGGCAGUUCGCGCCACAGCAAAACUCGUUCACCCAGUGCCUCUUCCGCGAGAAGCGAUUCCAGGAGUUACUAUUCUAGGAGUUCCUCCAAAUCAUCGAAAUACUCUGAUCGCCACGUUAACGGCGACGCCUGUUCCACUUGCUGCGGAAGUUCUUGCGGCUCUUCUUGCAGCGGUUCCUGUAGCAGCGGAGAUGAUCGUGGUCGUCAUUAUGGGAGCAAAAAAUCUGGCGGGAGAAAGCGAAAAGGUAGCUACCGAAGUAGCGUAAGCCCGAGGGGUAGAAAGAGUAAAAGAAGGAGGAAAAGCGGUAAGAAAAAGCGGAGAAGGAGAGGUGGUAGCUAUAGCGAUAGCAGCGGAUCUUCCUAUUCUUCCUCCAGCUCCCCGUCUUACACGGUGGGAAGGCGGAUCACUAGAGCCCGAAGUAAAAGUUCGUAAAGUCGAAUGUCUUUUAUAUGUUUCGCGAUUGUCAAAUUAAUUCCGUUGUCGUUUAAUGUAUUUAUAUUGUACCAAAAAAAUAAUUUUAAAUAUUUAAUUUGUACAUUUAUUAGUCAUAUUUGUAAAAAAAAAAAAAAAUUAGAUAUCUUAUAAGUUUGACGAUUUGCAUGUAUAUUUUCUAAGUAUCAAUUAAUUUUUUAUAUAUAUUAUUUACAUACAUAUAUAUAUAUACCAGUAUCAUCACUUCUUGGUGCUUUCUAACCUUA